AUGGCGGAAGUAGAGCUCAAGGAGUACUUCACCACCGGUGAUAAGGGUCUCGAGCCCGAUGUGCUCUCCGAAUUGCAGUCCAUCAUGCGCCUGCACGAGCUGUCAGUCGAAGACCUUUUUUAUAAAUGGGAGUCGUUCUGCAUCAAAAUGGAUAUGGACGCCAUGAAUCCCGACAUUGUACAUGUGCGCAACUUCAAAAAGGAUAUUCAGGACGCACUGGAAAAGAGCAAUAGACAGCAGACACACAUCAAAACCGAGAAGCGCAGUCACGGUACUCCCCGCGCCGGUAGAGGCGGCGAUGUCUUUGGCAUGCUGGAUGGGUUGGUGCCGAGCACGCCCGGACCAGGGAAGCUGAACAAGCCGACCAGCGUACGAAAGAAGGCCAACGAGACACCGACCAUGACACGGGUGAAGGCGGAGAUCCCUUCCAGCUCGCCGGAUUAUAAGGGGCCGUCCAAAAUGGACGAACAGUUGAACUCUAUGCAGCCCCCAAGCUCCUUCAACGACCGACAGAAUGCCGGCGAGAUCGUUGAAGUGCUGAACGACCACCUUGACCCACCCGAACCACCAAUCUGCCCAUACUCGGAGCCUCGGAUCAAGCUGACUGCCGCCUCCGAUCAGAAGAAGCUUGGUUACAAACCGCUAGCAAUGAAGCUUUCGGAAGCGUCCGAGAUCCUUGACGAUAGGAUAGACGAGUUUAUGCACAUCGUUCAGGAGCACCACAAGCUAGACUUUUCAGAGUUUGGCAAUGCAGCGAAUCAGAGCACAACGGAGGUAAUUGCUGUUGGACGUAUCGCUUCAGACGCACCCGAGGGUAAGCUCAAUGCAGCGUCGCUGGUGUUGGAGAUGUCGAGGCGGGUGGGCGGUGGGUUGAGGGUUGCCCUAAACAUGCGUAACAAGGGUUACAGUUUCUUUCCGGGUCAGGUCGUGGCCCUCAAGGGCAUCAAUACGUCAGGAAACGAAUUCGCCGUCGAGGAGGUGCUUGAAGUACCCUUACUCCCAAACGCCGCUUCAACGCCAGCUGUAUUAGCUGCACACCGCGACAGGCUACGAGGAGACCCAGAUGCUAUGGACACAGACUCAGACCCCCCUCCACUGAAUGUAGUCUACGCUUCAGGCCCGUAUACGGCGGAUGACAACCUUGAUUUUGAGCCGCUGUAUGCUUUGUGCGACCAAGCGGCCGACACCUACGCGGACGCUCUUGUCUUGACAGGACCGUUUAUCGAUAGCGAGCAUCCUCUGAUUGCUACAGGCGACUUUGAUCUCCCUGACGAAGCAGCCAUUGAUCAGGACACGACUACGAUGUCGACCGUCUUCAAGUACAUGUUUUCGCCUGCCUUAAAUCGCCUCGUCUCCGCCAACCCUAGCAUUACCAUCCUUCUCGUGCCCUCUGUCCGCGACGUCAUCGACAAGCACGUCUCAUGGCCGCAGGACUCCGUCCUGAAGAAGGAGCUUGGCCUCCCCAAGACCGCGAGAAUCGUCACCAACCCCAUGACAUUAUCGAUGAACGAGAUGGUCAUGGGUAUAUCAUCACAGGAUGUCCUCUGGCAGCUGCGUCAUGAGGAACUGGUUGGCGGGCGUCCCUCGGAUCCAGCACUGCUGUCGAGGCUCAGCAGGUAUUUGCUUGAGCAGAGGCACUUCUUCCCGCUGUUUCCCCCGACGGAUCGCCCAAAGCUGCCCAAGACGGGAACAGAGGAGGGCAUCCCUCCUGGUGCUAUGCUGGAUCUCAGCUACUUGAAGCUUGGAGAGAUGGUCAACGUUCGGCCCGACGUGCUGGUCGUACCUAGCUUCCUGCCUCCGUUUGCCAAGGUUGUCGAGAGUGUCUUAAUGAUAAACCCCGGCUAUCUAUCCAAGAGGCGCGGUGCUGGUACGUACGCACGACUAACACUCUUCCCACCCAAGGCCAACGUAGGCCAGUCGGAAGCAAUGGUCAGUCACGGCGUUUUCGAGCGCGCACGAGUAGAGAUUAGGAAGAUUUAA